GGACUUUUAGAUAUUCACAAUGCUGGAAAAGUUCAUAAAGAUUUUUAUUUAGCUAAUAUAUUAUAUGAUGAUAAUGAAUGUUUAUAUAUAAGUGAUUUAAGAAUGUGCCAACCAGCAAAUAAUGAAAAAAGUUUUACGUGGAUAUCAAUAUACAAAAGCAUCUGA